CUUUUCCUUCAACUCAUCUAUUCUCAUUCAACUCCUUCCCUACUAUUCCUCUCUCACUUACACUCUAAUGGCGCGUUCGUACGAAAAUCCAGCCUAUUCCUCCGUCAACGACAAUGAGAAGCAUCGAGAAAUCGACCGUGACAUCCGAGAAAUGGUUUCCACCCUCACCAGUCGGUUGGGAUUGCUUCGGAAAGGAGGUUCUGCCCAACACCAUGAAGUUGUCGACGACCAAGGCUCGAGCGUCAUCACACUCGCCGGAACCAACACCGGAGCCACCAUGCGUGCGGAGUUGAAGGGGAAAACGACCAAGCUUGAGGACGCAGGUGCAGACGAGAAUGAGUCCCUGACCUCCUACAUUAACAGCAACUUCCAAGCCAUCAACAACUCCAUCAUGUUUGGCGGUAGCUACACAGGGAAUGACCCUGGAGUUCACAUGGACAUCUCUGAUCUCCAUGAAGAAGGCCAUAAGGCUGAGAAAGGAGGAGCUAAAGGCAAGAAAGUUGGGAAGGAUGAUGCUGGGUCUGGUGGCUCAUGGUUUUCAAAGGAAUGAUUUUUUGUGGCAUUAAGAAGUAAUCAUAAUACAUAUACAUACGUCAACUUUUUAUAUCCAUAAAAUAUAUUAUCCUAUAUAAGUACUAAGGAUUGAAGAGGUUUCUUCUACUGUGAGUUUUUCCAUUUCUUAAAGCUUAAUAAACGGAUUUAUUGUGUUCAAAA